CCGGCCUUCUCGCGACCUCCCCUUCCACCCCCCCCACCACACCACCAUACCGUCAAUUGAAUCCCAAGGCACCACCCUUUGGGCUCAUUCACCAUGUCCGCUCCUUCUCUCGCUAGUUACAUCGCCAAGCGCCCGAUGCUGAAGCGCUGGAUGAUGCCGAUUGCCAACUGGUACACCGAUGCCGCCGGUUACAGGAAACUCGGUCUGCGCGCGGACGACCUGAUCCCCGAAGAGACCGAGACCGUCCAGAAGGCGCUCAAGCGUCUGCCUCCCAAGGAGGCCUACGACCGUGUCUUCCGUAUCCGCCGGGCCUUCCAGUGCUCCAUCUCUCACAAUCUUCUCCCCGCUGCUGAGCAGGUCAAGCCCGAGGAGGACGUCGAAUACCUCAGCCCCAUCAUCCGUGCGAUCGAGAAGGAGGCCGCCGAGCGUGCGGAUCUCGACAACCUCGUUGUCAAGCGGUGAAUCGCUCGACCCUCGAGGGUUCGUUCUGUUUAGAAAGACAAGAUUCAGCGGAGGGACAUAGACGGAGGAAAAGCAGGGGCUUGUUGCGAAUUGCGUGCUGUGCUCCACUUCGAAGUGCAUGGCCUGGAUGUUAAUUCAAGUGGAUUUAUGUCGUUCUAUCACGUGUACUGAUACUGUACAAAUUCAUUGUCUCAUUCAAUG